GAGGUGCGCGGUGGGGGUUGCUUGCUUCGUCCCAAACGUCCUCACACAAAACUACCGGAAUGGGACAGCAGGUAGGCCGCGUCGGUGAGGUUACAUCGACCGGAAUUCAGUCACCACAGCCCCACGCGCCCCAACCGCAGCAGGGGAAGGGGAACCGGGGGAGCGUCGCCGGGAGGAGACCCAGAGAAUCCGGCUGUAGCACCGGGACGCCACCAGGCAGGGCGACUGCUGUAAAUGUACCCGACCCUGGAAUUAAUAUAUUCACGCAGCAUUCAGCUCUGACAGAGGCAGUGCGCUGGAGCUCGAAGGAGAACCUGCUGGGGGCAGCUGAGAGCGACCCCAACCUCUUUGUUGCACUUUAUGACUUUGUCGCUAGUGGAGACAACACACUCAGCAUCACCAAAGGUGAGAAGUUGCGUGUGCUGGGCUACAACCAGAAUGGAGAGUGGAGUGAAGUACGGUCUAAAAACGGUCAGGGUUGGGUCCCCUCCAACUACAUCACACCAGUAAACAGUCUGGAGAAGCACAGCUGGUACCAUGGGCCUGUGUCCCGCAGUGCUGCAGAGUACCUGCUGUCCUCCCUCAUCAAUGGUAGUUUUCUGGUCAGGGAAAGUGAAAGCAGCCCCGGACAGCUGUCCAUAUCUUUGCGCUAUGAGGGCAGAGUAUACCACUACAGGAUCAACACAGCCACUGAUGGAAAGGUUUAUGUGACAUCUGAAAGCCGAUUUGCCACCCUUGCUGAGCUGGUCCACCACCACUCCACCGUACCUGAUGGCCUGGUCACCACGCUGCACUACCCUGCUCCCAAAUGUAACAAGCCCACCGUGUACGGUGUUUCGCCCAUCCACGAUAAAUGGGAGAUGGAACGCACAGAUAUCACAAUGAAGCACAAGCUAGGAGGAGGCCAGUAUGGGGAGGUGUAUGUCGGCGUGUGGAAGAAAUACAACCUGACGGUGGCUGUCAAAACGCUCAAGGAGGACACCAUGGAAGUUGAAGAGUUUCUGAAAGAGGCUGCUGUUAUGAAAGAGAUUAAACAUCCAAACCUCGUUCAGCUUCUUGGUGUGUGCACAUUGGAGCCUCCUUUCUACAUUGUGACAGAGUACAUGCCUCAUGGCAACCUGCUGGAUUAUCUGAGAGAUUGUGAAAAGGCAGAGGUGAAUGCAGUGGCGCUGCUCUACAUGGCCACGCAGAUCUCUUCUGCCAUGGAGUACCUGGAGAAGAAGAAUUUCAUACAUAGGGAUCUUGCUGCGAGGAAUUGUCUGGUUGGAGAAAACCAUGUUGUUAAAGUAGCAGACUUUGGUCUGAGUAGGCUGAUGACCGGUGACACUUAUACUGCUCACGCUGGAGCCAAGUUCCCCAUCAAAUGGACUGCACCAGAGAGCCUUGCGUACAACACCUUUUCCAUCAAAUCAGAUGUCUGGGCUUUUGGGGUUCUGCUCUGGGAAAUUGCCACCUAUGGGAUGUCUCCAUACCCAGGCAUUGAUUUGUCUCAGGUCUACGAUCUUCUGGAGAAAGGCUAUCGCAUGGAGCAGCCAGAGGGAUGCCCACCCAAGGUUUAUGAACUCAUGAGGGCAUGCUGGCAGUGGAGCCCUUUAGAUCGGCCUUCAUUUGCAGAUACACACCAAGCCUUUGAAACAAUGUUUCAUGAUUCCAGCAUUUCUGAAGAGGUUGCAGAGGAGCUCUGUAAAACAGCCUCUUCUGGUCACUGUGGAUCAAUGCACUCUUUCAGUCACGACACGCCCCUGUUGCCUUCCAAAUCCCGCCCACUCCCCAAGCACACAGAAAACAAGGAAAACAUAGAGGGUGGACUGGACGGGCACUCCGACCCCGGUGCACACAGUCACUCAGGCUGGGUUUCAACAUUUUUGGGGGGUGAUGGCCGAUCAGGCAGCUCUCCAGCUCUGCCCCGAAAACAGCAGUCGAGGGACAAAUCUCCCAGCAGUCUUUUAGAGGAUGCACAAAAUAUUGGCACAUUUACGCGAGAUCGCAAGACCGGCUUCUUCAGCUCUUUCAUGAGGAAGAAAUCGUCGUCAUCCUCUUCUUCAUCUUCCCAGCUCCAACAAAACCUUCCGACACCACCAAAGAGGAGCAUCUCCUUCCGGGAGAUGGAGACACAGCCUCACAAGAAAUAUGAACCCACAGCUGAUUUCAGUGCUCCUCCUCCUCUUCCCCAGUCAGACAGUUUAGGGGGGUUUUCUCCCUCUCCUUCUCACUCCCACGGGGAACCCACUCAGGCCCAGUCUCGCUGCUGUGGUGCCGCUUUUGGACAAAAACCUUCGAGUGGAGUUCUUGGUUCUCAAAUGACAAGCGGCAGCAGUUGGAGUGGACUGGCUGGGUUCUUCACUCCUAGACUCAUCAAAAAAACUCUGGGGCUACGUACCGGAAAGACGGCCUCCUCAGAGGAGGGUGGUGGUGUAGUUGGAGGACCAAAACCUUUUCCCAGGUCCAAUUCUACCUCCUCUAUGUCAUCUGGGUUACCGGACUUGGAGCGCAUGGCUCUGACUUUACCUAGAAACCACAGUGCUAAACCCCCUCUGGAAAGAACUUCUUCCACAACUUCUCAGCCAGAGAACGGGACAGCACGGCCAUCAGAAUCUCUGAGAAGGAUGGAUGAGGGUACUGCACAGAUCAGGGAAAGGCCAAAAACUAAGCUGCUACCCCGGAGUACUGUUGUAGGGGUGAGGGCCCCGGGGGUUGGAGGGGAGGUGGGAGAAUCAGACGGCUUGUCUCGGGUCAGAGAGGAGAGUGGAGGGCUGGACAGGCAACAGAGCUGGUCGUCUCCUUCAAAGAACUCGAGUCUGUCGUCAGCCGCAGCAGGCGUACCAACUCAUAACCACAAAGUUCCAGUCCUGAUCUCCCCCACGCUGAAGCAUAGCCCAGCUGAUGUGCACUUAGUCGGACUGGACUCUCAGGGGAACCGCUUCAAACUGCUGUCCGAGCAGCUGGGAGAGCGGGACAGGCCACGGCUCGUCAAACCCAAGUGUGCCCCUCCACCUCCUCCCACCGUGCGCGGUCUGCAACAGUCCUACAGCGGUGACGGGGAGGAGCUGGUCAGCGCGUCGCCUGCAGAAAUCAACGGAGACGCAUUAAAAGGUCACAGGUCGGGGCGAAUGUCAGGAGGAGCAACAACAGGUAGACCAUCAGUGCCACCACCACAAGUGCCUCCUGCAUCUUCCUCCUUGUUUUCCUCCUCCUCCCCUGCCAGCACCAACACAACUCCCACCAAAAUGUCCAAUGGAGCCACCCUCACUGCUUCCACACACACAGCACCAUCUGCUGGUUCCAAAGUGGCACUGCGGCGAACCCGGCAGCAGAUGGAGAGGGUGUCCCUCGAGCGGGUUAGCCGCGAGGCCUUGCUCGAGUGCGCUGAGAGCCUGACCAGCGUGCUUUACGCCACCUCUGAAAGCCCCUCGAGCAGCCAGGUGCUGGACGCUGGCCACCAGCUGCUAGACUACUGCUCAGGUUACGUGGACUGCAUUCCUCAGACGAGGAACAAAUUUGCCUUUCGAGAGGCGGUGGGCAAGUUGGAGCUAAGCCUGCAGGAAGUGAGGGCCUCGUCUUCUGGAGGUGGAGGGCUGGGUGGAGUCGGAUCCAACACUGUGCUGGAAAACCUACACAACUGUAUUAAAGAGAUUAGUGAUGUGGUACAGAGGUAGUCACUGAUGACACCGUCACCUCUACCCAGCAAAUCACUUCCAGUUUAUGUUUCUGGUUCUGUCAACAAUUCUAUGGGGGACAAAGGGAGAUAAAUCUCGAAAAGUACCUCAGAAAUCACUACAAAAUGUAAUAUUUUUGUUUACAAAAACUUUUCAUACAAUGCCAGUGUGGACACUAACUUUGCUCUGAACUGU